AUGGCAUUUAGUUCUAAUGGAAUCCAAGGCAGUUAUGGACCUUAUGGUCCUCUUGAAGACUUUGAGAAAUUGGAAGCAAUGUUCAAAGAGGAACAUGACCAUUUGCUUGAAAUAAAAACAGGAGAAUAUGGUUUUCAUCAACUACAGCAGCAGCACUCCCACCACCAACAACCCAAGUCAAAUAAUGUGCCAUUGGAUGAACAAAUUGCACAUCCAUCGUCUUCUUUAGAGCUCCUAAGGAAUUAUGGAAGUAGGUUCAAGAAGCUGACAGGGGAAACAUUAAACGAGAGAAGUACUGAUCAAACUUAUGUUGUCAGCCACAAAUUGUCAACCGUGGAAAUGAUAAGCAGGCUGUCUGCCUUGAGGUACGUAGCAUUCCCUUCCCAGAUGUAUGACGAUUAUAACUUGCCCACGCAUCCUUUUGGUUUUUCUCAGUCGGGUCUGUCCGAGGAUGAAAUGAGAAACGUGGAACUUGUGCACUGUCUUCUAUCCGCGGCUGAGAAAGUAGGCUACCAACAAUAUGAACGUGCAAGCAGGCUGCUUGUAAAUUGUAAAUGGGUUUCGUCUGCCAGAGGAAAUCCGGUCGAGAGAGUUAUUUUUCAUUUUGCUGAAGCGCUUCGAGAGAGAAUUGAGAAAGAACCAGGAAGGGCCACACCAAUGAAGGGAUUAAUGGAGGCAAAUGAUGAUAUCCUUCGGGGGUCGAGUAUUAAUCCUUCAUUCAUCACAGUUUACCAACAACUUCCUUUUUCUCAACUAAUGCUAUUCACGGGAAUCCAAGCCAUAAUUGAAAAUGUUGCCUUGAAGCGCAAGGUUCAUUUGAUAGAUAUGGGAAUCAGGUCUGGAGUCCAUUGCACGCUCUUGAUGCAGGCUCUUGCAGACCGACAGGAUUGCCCCAUCGAGCUUCUUAAGAUAACUGCUGUCAGAUCAACGGCCAUAGAGGAGACAGGUAAGAGGUUGGCGGCUGUUGCAGAGUCCUUGGAUUUGCCCUUUUCAUUCAAAUCAGUUGUACUACUAGACAUGAAAGAUAUCAAGGAAGAAUUAUUUGAAACUGAAGAUGAUGAAGCCGUGAUAAUCUAUACCUCAUUAGUACUGAGGACAAUGAUCUCAAGUCCUGAUUGCUUAGACAACUUAAUGAGAGUGAUUGGAAAUCUCAAACCAUCAAUAUUGGUUGUCACUGAAGUGGAAGCAAACCAUAAUUCACCCUCAUUUGUGGAUCGCUUCAUUGAGGCUCUGUUCUUUUAUGGUGCAUAUUUUGAGAGCCUGGAGAUUUGCAUGAAAGAGUAUGAUGAGGAUAGGAUGAGAAUGGAAACAUUCAUGGGUUGUUUGAUCCGAAACAUUUUAGUAGAGGAGGGCACAGAAAGGACUGUAAGAAUUGCGACAAUGGAUGUUUGGAGGGCCUUCUUUGAAAGGUUUAAAAUGGUUGAAAUAGGGUUUAGUGAGGCAUCCUUAUUACAGGCUAGUUUGUUUAUCAAACAGUUUGCUUGUAAGAGCUCUUGUGCACUUGAUAAGAAUGGGAAAUGUCUAAUUGUUGGGUGGAAGGGAACCCCAAUUCAUUCCCUUUCAGUUUGGAAGUUCCCUGGAAGGGAACCCCAAUUCAAUCCCUAG